AUGGCAUCAUUCUCAUUCAGACUGCUGGGCCGGCUCUCCGGUGGCUCGACUUUCUUCCCCAUCAAGCCGACCAUCUGGGUUCUUAAGACCUUUGCCAUGUUCCAUGUCUUCUUCUACAACGGCUACAGCUACUCAGCCACCUGGGGACCCUCCAUGCUGCCGACCUUCGAGGUCGUCGGUGAUGCCGCCGUCAUCAAUCGCACGUACCGGCGCGGCAGGAACAUCUGCGUCGGCGAUAUCGUGGCCUACGACAUACCCGUGGAGAAGAAGGACACGGGCAUGAAGAGAGUCAUUGGGAUGCCGGGAGAUUACGUCCUCAUCAACUCGCCCGAGAGUGGGAGCAGUGAGAUGAUUCAGGUCCCUCCGGGUCAUUGCUGGCUCGUGGGAGACAAUAUUCCCGCCUCAAGAGACUCGCGCCACUACGGACCAGUGCCUCUUGCCUUGAUUCAUGGAAAAGUAGUUGGCAAAUGGUUUCCAUGGAAAAGCUUCAAGAACGGCCUGCAAAAAGUCCCUGAAUCUGACUAG